AUGUCAGUGUGUGUCUCUUCCAAUCUGACAACUUUUGAGGCUCUUUCGGCUACCCUGUGUGAAGAAAGCGUUCAGUGGCGUACUUGUGGCAUGGACGCAUCGGAAUGGGCUCACUCGUGGCUCCUCGAGAAUUCCUAUCAUCGACAACAGGCAGUGAAAGGCAUGAUGCGGCAUGCCUAUGGUCAGUAUGAAGCCAUAGCGUUUGGCAGUGAUGAAACGAACACCUUACAAGGGCAAGGUGUUGACAAUUGGGGUGGUAUGAGUUUGACGAUGGUCGAUGCCAUAGACACGUUACUUUUGAUGGGCAUGAGAGCUGAGUAUGAGCGCGCAGUUGGAUGGCUCUAUCAGCACUAUAAGGAGGCGCACGGCAAGGAUCUCUGGGUCAAUACUUUCGAGUCCACAAUUCGGAUAUUGGGCGGGUACGUGGGCGGCUGGGCUCUGAGUGCUCCUGAUUCCCCCCAGAGGGCUAUGUUGGCCGAGAUGGCUGAGGACAUCGGAGUGAGGUUAGUGAAAGCCUUCCACCUCGGUACUGGCGAGCCCCACUUACCAUACUCGGACAUCAAUCUCGCCACUGUCGGUGCUCUACGAGAAUCCGCCUUGUCGCUUGUUCGGUCUCUCGAGCCUGCAUAUAUGCAUACGAGCACUAGUUGUCCUGGUCAGGUUCAUCAUCUUCUGCGGAAGCAUUACAAUUCUGAUUCGAUCGGCCUUCUCGCCGUCUUGCUACCAUUAGUUCCACAUGGAGUUGGCGACGUGGGGCUCAUUACCGACAACAAGCUAGGCCUGGGUGCGCGAGGCGACUCCUACUAUGAAUAUCUGUUAAAGGAAUGGAUACUGGGAGGAAAGAGCGACGCCUCUUUAUUAAAUACCUGGCAGAGGAGUCUCUAUAAGAUCUAUCACAACUUCAACUCACAUGCCGAGGUUGGAGGAAUCGGGAUGAUGCUCACACUGUCUCUUGUCAGUUUCGGUCUGCAUCGGUCGGAUCCGAAAAUGGACCAUCUUACAUGUUUCCUGCCUGGGAGUCUAGCGUUGGACUACAUCGUUCGUGGAGGACAUGACGACGGCGUGUAUUCGAGAAUAUCAGAGACCGGUCUGGCUCCGGAAAUCACUCGCUUUGACGCUCAUGGCCUGGCGGAUGAUCAUUUCUCUAUGCACAACUUGCUGCGGCCGGAGACAGUUGAGGCUUUGUGGUACAUGUGGAGGGCCACAGGAGAAUGGCUGUUCUUCGCGAAAGGUGUUGUCUUUGGUAAUCAAGGUACUAUAGAGAAGCGGGCUGGCGCAUCGCUCGGGCUCUCGAGCGGCAUGCUCGCACGCCUUACGGCUAUUCCUCGCUGGAAAACGUCAGAGUGCCUAGAAGUUAUACGGGACACCAACCAAGCUAUUUUUUCUCUGAUAGCAGCCGAGGAGCUGAGCACACUGCAUAGUUUGGUCGUUAGGAAAGCAGCGGAUGUGAGUGCACGAGAGAGGAUGCUCUUGCAUCGACAGAGCGCUGUGGGAGCUGAGAUAGUGAAGGCACAGCAGAUGGUCCAGGAGCUCGCCGCGAGGCUGCUCGUAGAUGCUCAGUCGACGCUCAACUCUACAGCAGGGAAGUUGACCAAAAGGAUGGAGGCUCUUAUGAGUCGAGUUACUUCAAUGUUGCAAGAGACCCGGCGGACGGCAAGCGAGAGGAGACAGAGGGAGAAGGCAGAUGCUGUCGUCCAGGAAGAGCUGAAAUCAUUGAGGUCUCGCAUUGCCUCGUAUAAGUCAGCUGCUACCUCGGCAAAGGAGGAAUGUGCCAGAUUGAAGAAGAAGAUGAACGAGAUGUCAACGAUCACCGAUGCUCUCCGAGCUAGGGUGUCAACCUUGAAGACUGCUGCCGGGGCUGCGAGGGAGGAAUGCAUCCGUUUGAAGACGAGACUAGAGGAGGCUCGGGGGGACGCAGAGAAAGCAUCUACGCUCCAGGCGAAGCUUCGGAGGAAAGUCGCCGAUCUCGAGGCACAGAAUAGGAUGGCACGGGAGGAAAUAAUAGAAGUUGAACACCGCGCGGCUGAGAACAGUCUGGCGGAGCUGACGCUACAGAUAGAGCGGCUAACACGGCAUCUUGACAAUCUCGAGACGGAGAAUCGAAGGCUGAGGGCAUCGGUAGAUGAGCUGCAUAGGCAGCAGGAGGAGGCGGCCUCCCAGCUGAAUCCCCAGCUCGUGUCAACGGCAACAUCGCCAACAGCUGGCUGGCGAUGUGCCAUGGACCAGCAUUCGCCAUCUCCCCCUCGCCCACACGGAGGGGUUUCCCUCUUCGAGGCCUCCUUCGCAGAGAGUUCGCGUGGAACAUCAGCACACACGUUGUUGACAGCAUCCUUACCAUACUUUAGUCAAGACGCGGCAGCAGCUAUUGGUGCACUCAUCGUCCUCACGUCAUCGGAGAUGAACGCUUCCCUGCUCUCCAGAGUUGCCUCUGCCCUCAAUCGAGCUAUCGUCUUCCGGCUGACACACCGUCAUGAGGGUCGGAGGAGCAGUGUGGAGGGUUCUGUAGCCGCUCCUGCCCGGUCUAUAAUGGAACGCGCCAAGAGGCGCUUGAUGCACCAGAGGCUGGGUGUGGAUUUCACGCGGUCACUCCAGACAUCCAUACCGGCAUCUGCAUCGGCGUCGCGAUAUGAUCCCAUUGACGUACUCCAGUACGCCGCAGGAGCGCCCGAUGCCCGAAGGGUGGCCUUAGCGGCCUUGAGUCAUCUACACAUCUCCGAGGAUGCUAAUACGUUUAGGGUUAGGCUCUUCACUGAUGCGGGUCUGCAAGAGUUCAUAGCUACAGUCAUGGCUGAACAGUGUGGUGACCCGGCUUGCCUUAGUGCUGCGGUCGCCUUGGGCACCAAGGCUGUGGCCCGAGCGGCUGAAUCGGCUUUGGGGUCUUCGGAUUUAGACCUCGCAACUUGGGAAUUCCUACUAUUGCUGACUGUAAAAUUUGAAAUAUCAACACUGCAUGGUAUACUCACUGUCAAUGAAGACCGAGCUAAGGCCCUGUCGAGUGAAGCGGCGACCGGCGCUGACGCCGGCAUCGAAGGUAAGAAAACUACUGUACAGAACGAACCUCAGUUGAACGGUGUAGGGGAGCCGCGAGGGCAAAAGAAUAUGCCGCUUGAUGACACUACCACUGCUGAUGUACAAGUUCAGAAAGAUUGUACCUGUAUCACGUUCGACCGGCCUGAGUACGAUGAUCUUCGGUUCGGGUACAGGGAAUGA